AUGCAGUCUACGAACAAUGGUACAAUCAUGGCGGCGCCCACGUGUUUAUGAGCUCAAAGCGUCGAGCGCAAACAUCCUUCACCUGUAAAUUUUAUUUGUCACAAAAAUGAGGAAUCUACGGUUAUACAACUUAAAAAAGGCGGAACUCGAAGCCCUGGAAAAUGCGAACAAGAUCUGUACGGACGCCGAGUCCGGCCAAGUAUUCAUAUGUGCUGGGAAUAAAAUUGCUUCCAUGAACAGCACCUGCGAAGUGAACCUGUCUACAGUCGCAAGAAUAGAGGCAUCUGAUGCGGAGAUAGUCAGCUGUACAUAUUUACCCGAAUUCCAAGGAGUUUGUGUUGCAACGAAAAUCGGAGAUGUCUUGCUUUUUAAUAUUGAUUCAGAGGAGGCUGACAUGUUAGGUUCGGUGUCCGGUGGGAUAUUGGCUAUGCAAUGGAGUCCAGACCACGAAGUGGUGGCUAUCAUAUCAGGUGAAGAGAAUCUGCUGCUAAUGACCAAGGAAUUUGACCCUGUGUCAGAGCGAAGCAUCCACCCCGAGGAAUUCGGUGAACGUGCUCCAGUGACUGCUGGAUGGGGGUCAAAAGCAACACAGUUUCAUGGGUCAGAAGGAAAACAAGCAGCAAAAGUUGAAAUCAAGGCUCCAGGCCCAGCUUCUGAGUGGGACGAUGGACUCCCCAGGAUUUCCUGGAGAGGCGACGGUCAAUACUUUGUGACAUCUUGCAUCGACAGAGUUGGAGGGCAUAGAAAAUUAAGGGUUUGGAAUAGACAAGGAAACCUGCAAUUUACUGGAGAAGGUGUUGAUGGACUCGAGCAAGCAUUAAGCUGGAAGCCCUCGGGAAGUUUGAUUGCAUCUAGUCAGCGACUUCCCAACAAGCACCAGGUUGUUUUCUUUGAGAAAAAUGGAUUGCGGCAUGGAGAAUUCACACUUCCUUUUGGACCCAAGGACUUUGAGGCAAAGGAACUCUCCUGGAGUAACGAUUCAGCUGCCCUGGCUGUGAUUGGCUGCACACUGAAUGCCAGUGACGACAGCCUCCAGAAAGAUAUCAUUUUGAUCUACACAGUUAACAACUACCACUGGUACCUGAAGCAGACACUCAAAUUUGACCCCUCGACUCAUGGCAGGGUGGUCGCGUGCCUUUGGGAUGAUGACGAAGCGCUUUGUUUACAUGUUCUGUGCAUGAAAGGUCGUUAUUUUCGUUAUGCCUGGCGGUGGGUCACUGAUGGCAGCGUGCAGAGUUACCACGAAAGUUGUGCCGUGGUUUCCGUCAUCGAUGGAGAUGAUGUUUUGUCAACCCCAUUCAAGACGAUGGUUGUGCCUCCACCCAUGUGUUCAUAUAAGCUACAUUGCUACACCCAAGUCAAUCAUCUGGCUUUCAGUUCGGGUUCCAAUUGUAAUGACAGCUUUGCAGUUUUGGAAGAUGGCAGUAUUGUCUUUGUACUGGCAAAUGCUGGUGAAUUUGUAAAGACUGAAGAGAAUAAAAAGUGCGAAGUCCAAGUCGAAGGGGCCACCAAUGGUUUUCGACUGAGUGCAGCAAUACCGGAAGUGUUUGGGCCCUACAGGAUAGCGUGGGGAGAUAUUGAAGAGAGGAUACCCUGCAAUCCCCUCUCUCUCUAUCAUUGGACGUGGGUUUCCCAGAACUGCCUCCUUGCUGUCGGCCACAUCGAUGACAUUGUCACUCUGCUCAGGGUCGAUGUUAUUCAUAGUGGGCACGAAACAUUACUUCGGGGAAGUGUGCUAACCUAUCUGGACGACACUGUUCGCACACUAUCUCUUGGUGAAGAUAGGACGUUUGCCUGCAUUCAGUUCGCUAAUGGGACCUGCGGCAGAGUGUCAUUCGAAGAUGGAUCAGUCUUGCUCUGGCUUGCGGGUGACGAACUGUUGUUGCAGUUCCCAAGGCCUUGUCACAGUGUUGUCGUCUGCAAAGUCCUUGGUGGGACGCACCUCUUGGGACUGUCGGACAGAUUUCAGCUCUUCGUCGAUGACUACGUUGUGUGUGAGAAUUGCACUUCUUUCCUCGUUCACGGGAAGUUUCUGCUUCUAACGACACACACGCACACGCUGAGAUGCCUGUUGCUGGAUUUCGAUAUAGCACAGGUCCUGGAAGGAAGGAACCUGCAUGCAGCAGAAGAUGCACCAAGACAGCUGGAACGAGGUUCAUUACUAGUGACAAGUGUCGUUGCAGACGGACGCGUAGUGUUGCAGAUGCCACGGGGAAACUUGGAGACAAUCUAUCCGCGGCCUUUGAUGUUGGAUGCAAUAUGUGAAUAUUUAGACAGCUUCCAGUAUGGUAAAGCAUUUGAGCUGAUGAAGGUCCACCGCAUCAACCUCAACUUUCUUUGUGACCACGAUACUCAGGCAUUUUUAAGCAACUUGAAAGAAUUUGUUCUACAAGUACGAAAGCCAGCAAACAUCAACUUGUUCCUGACGGAACUUUCGAAUGAUGACGUCUGCUCCAUGAUGUACACUGCUGCAUACCGCUCGAGGAGUCGAAAAAUAUUAAAGUACGAUCGGCCCAAAACAGAUGUUGUGUGUGACUCUAUCUGCAAAAUUCUCGAAGAAUUGGACAGAGACAAGUACUUUUUGUCUAUCUUGACUUGCCAUGCCAAAAAGGUGGAACCAGAGUUGGACAUAGCACUAUUAAAAAUCAAAGCAUUAAAAGAUGCGACAGGAACAAGUAAGGUUACCGCGGACGAUGCAUUGAAGUAUUUGCUGUACUUAGUGGAUACGUCCGACCUCUUCAACGUUGCACUAGGCACAUAUAAUUUCGACUUGGUUCUAAUGGUUGCUGAAAAGUCACAGAAAGACCCAAAGGAGUAUGUUCCAUUCUUGAACGAGCUCAACCAGCUUGAGACAAACUACCAGCAUUACAAAAUUGACAUGCAUCUUGGAAGAUAUGAAAAAGCACUCAAGAAUAUUAGCAUCUGUGGGCCCUCACACUUCGAUGAAUGCAUUUCUCUGAUCAAGUCUCAACGGCUUUACACGAAAGCACUUCACCUGUUCCAAGAAGGUUCAGAUGAGUACAAAGCAGUGUGGGAAGCAUAUGGAGAUUACCUCUUUCAAAAGAAACAUUUUGAAGAAUCUGGGAUAGUGUUUCAGCGGAGCGGGAAACUCGAAAAGGCACUGACCUCCUUUGAGCUUGCUCUUAAUUGGAGUUUGGUGCUGACGAUAGCCUGUCAGCUUGGAUAUGAAGACGACAAGCUGCGUGGUGUUGCCAAGAGGGUUGCAGAUGCCUUGAUGCUUAGCAGACGACACAGAGAAGCCGCUCUCAUCUAUGAAGAGUUUCUCAAUGACAGGGAAGAAGUUAUAAGGAUCCUAGCAGAAGCACACUUGUGGGAUGAAGCUCUCAGUAAGAUUCACUCUUACAAGAAAUCGGAGCUGCUGGAUCGCGUUUGGAAACCGGCAGUUAAGAACGAACACGUGAACAUGACUGAGACAAUCGACACCUUGUUCGAGACUUGGCAAAAGCAUUGCAAUCGACUGACUGUCGUGCGCGAACUCAAGAUGAGCUGCGACCAGGGCCCAGAGGAUGACACUGAUGAUGGAGCGUAUUCGGAUGUUGCCAGUUUAAGCUCUAGACCAGCAACUGAGAGAUCCAUCAAGUCUGCCACUGUGUUGACAGGGUCCAUUGCCACAAUGAGAACAGCAAGGAACAAAAAGAAGCAAGAACGCAAGAAGUACACCCUGAAAGAAGGCUCCCGAUUUGAGGACCUUGCACUUGUCGUUGCCUUAGCAGAAGCUGUCUCUUCUGCUGACAAACUCCAAGAGGACUGCGGGUCACUCCUCAAGGCGUUAGCCAUUGCAGGGUACGACAGCGAAGCGAAAGACCUCCAGCAGAAAUUUUCGGCACUUCUAGCAUCCAUAGGAAAGAACAUUCCUGAAGUCUGGCCUCCAGAAAGUGCAGCAGAGACCUCACUGCCUCUGGGACCACAUUCCUCAUCCAGCAUAAUUGUGGAAGCCAUUCAGAAGAGAGAUGUUUUUGAACAUGCCAUUUCAGAUCCAUCACUGAGGAAACCACCAGCGCUCCGGACAUUCAUUAACUGGAAGCUCAACAUGCUGGAAUAAAAUUAAGCGUUUAAGUUAAAAGUGAAA